AUGGCGAAAUUUGAAAAGUCAUGUGGAGACUCGAUGAAGUUGAAGUUUAAGCUACCGAGAGAAGAUUUAGAUGUUUUAGUUUCGAUCACUUGUGACGAGGAUCUGAAGGCUGUGAUCGAAGAAUACGAUCGACUUUCACCGGAGACGAAAAUCACAGCCGUACUAUUUCCAAUCAAACCACCAAACAAAAUCUCUCCUCCGCGUUGUCCGAUGUCUUGUUUUGAUUUCCCAUCCGCUCUACGUAAACCAGUUCCUGCAGCCAUCGCAUGUUAUCAAGCUCCUUCGACGUACCGACGUUUCUCUCCGGCGGUUGGAUUUCCAGCGAUGGCGAGGAAAUACAAUUGCUCUCGGGAAAGGAACCCUAGGCCUGUUCGCUACUCGCCGAACGGGAAAUAUUCCCUUUCUAGUCAAUAG